AAAAAAGCGAAUUUUGUUUAUAUAAAAUUUUCCUCGGAAGUGACGUGGAUAGAACGCACCGGAGCAGGAGGAACACGGCCAUCGAAGAGAUUUCGGUACUCCAGUUCUGGAGAAUUUUGAAUCGAAUUCGAGCAGAUCAGCGAGUUCCUAACUGUUCUGUCCUCUUCUAAUGCCCAUUUCUUGAUUUUCACGUCUCUGUUGGAUGUUGAGUCUGUAGCUGGUUUUUCCAGGGAUGUAUUGAGCUCUGCGUUGAGAUCUGAUCCCUAUCUAUCUUCCUAUCUAUAACACAACACAUCAUUCUGUGCGCACCAUGGGGAUUUUGUUUACUCGAAUGUUUUCUUCGCUCUUUGGAAAUAAGGAAGCUCGAAUCCUUGUUCUUGGGCUCGAUAAUGCCGGAAAAACUACAAUUCUCUAUCGGCUCCAGAUGGGGGAGGUUGUCUCGACAAUUCCAACAAUUGGGUUUAAUGUUGAAACUGUGCAGUACAACAACAUCAAAUUCCAGGUCUGGGAUCUUGGAGGACAGACUAGUAUCAGACCAUACUGGAGAUGCUAUUUUCCAAAUACGCAAGCUAUAAUCUAUGUGGUUGAUUCAAGUGAUACUGAUAGGCUGGUGGUAGCAAAAGAGGAGUUUCAUGCAAUACUUGAGGAAGAAGAGUUGCGUGGUGCAGUUGCGUUAGUUUUUGCGAAUAAGCAGGAUCUUCCGGGUGCACUUGAUGAUGCUGCAGUCACAGAGGCUUUAGAGUUGCACAAAAUUAAGAACCGCCAAUGGGCUAUAUUUAAAGCCUCCGCUAUAAAAGGAGAAGGUCUUUUUGAGGGAUUGGAUUGGUUAAGUAACACCCUCAAGUCUGGAGGUGGCUAAGUAUUACCAGCCAAAGAACAUUUGAGGCACCCAGUUGGAGAAUACGAUGUUUGAGCAUCAUGACUUGCAGAAGAGAACUCAUUUGCCGAGUGAUUUCGCCAGUUUUACUUGUUUUAGUCACAAUUUUUCUUUUUAAAGGGAAUGAUCUAUUUUGUAUACAUGUAAAAUUGCUUUCAUUAAAGAGGCUUUUUCUUGUUUCCCAUCUUUAAUUGCUGUGAUUUGAAUGCUAUUUAUUAACAUCAUUUCUAAUUCAGGGAUAAUGUCUAAGAUCGAACUUUUGUCA